CUCCGUUAUCGAUACUUGGCGCAGACGUAGCCCUUGACACCUCGACUCUCCGUCUCGUUCCACCACAGGAUUAUUUGCAGCGACUAGAUUAUUACAGAAGCUGAACGCCCAUUGGAAACUCCCGAUAUAGCGCUAGCUAGAGCCUAUUUUUUGACCUGCGCACACAGCGUGAACCUGCGAUCCCCCUGCCGCGGUGGAAAAGCAUCAUCGAGACAGCUCCAAUCCAACUAUGCUGAUUCCACCGCCCGGGUCGAUGCUAUGACCUCGACACGCCCCUCCUCGACAUUUUCACGGUCGCCCUCGAUUGUCGCCGAGCGCCGUGACCUGCGCAGACUAUCUGGCCGUUCUUUAUCCUCUCCAGUCGACCCCGAACCUGCCUCCGACGCUCAAGACGCCCAGGCCCCCGCGAUCACCGAUGAGAUCAGCGAGAUUAAGCGCUAUGAAGACUUCACAACCAUUGACUGGGUCCAAGAUGCGGUCAAUGAACAGAACGCUCGAAGAGCCAAGCGGCGGAGUGGCGGGGGCUUCUGGGACCAAGAAGGUGUCUUUGGCUGGCGACGGAAAGUGCGCGAGUCUUAUGAUGCUGGGCAAGCGUGGCUUGUGGUGACACUUGUCGGCAUGGCCAUUGGUCUGAAUUCGGCCUUCCUCAACAUUAUCACCGAGUGGUUGUCGGAUAUCAAGUUGGGACGCUGCACGACGGCAUUCUACCUGAACGAACAGUUCUGCUGUUGGGGUGCUGAAGGUGGAUGUCCCGAAUGGAAACCAUGGACUUCAUGGUGGCUGAUCAACUACAUUGUUUAUUUCUUUUUCGCGGUUUUACUUGCAUUUGUUGCUGCAAUUCUCGUCAAAACUUUUGCUCCAUAUGCUGCAGGAUCCGGUAUCUCUGAGAUCAAAUGCAUUAUAGCUGGUUUCGUCAUGAAGGGCUUCUUGGGAGCUUGGACACUCCUCAUCAAGUCAAUUGCAUUGCCACUGGCUAUUGCAUCUGGCCUCUCCGUGGGCAAGGAAGGGCCUAGCGUUCAUUUUGCCGUGUGUACAGGAAACGUGAUAUCACGCUUCUUCGGUAAAUACAAGCAGAACGCGUCGAAGACGAGAGAAAUCUUGACUGCAUCAGCUGCCGCUGGUGUGGCUGUGGCUUUUGGUAGCCCCAUUGGGGGUGUGCUGUUUUCAUUAGAGGAAAUGGCCAAUUAUUUCCCACUCAAGACUCUCUGGCGCAGUUAUUUCUGUGCCUUGGUGGCAACCAGUGUACUGGCGGCCUUGAAUCCAUUCAGAACGGGUCAACUGGUCAUGUUCCAAGUUACAUAUGAUCGUACAUGGCACUUUUUUGAGCUGAUUUUCUUCGUUUUCCUUGGUGUCUUUGGUGGUCUAUAUGGCGCAUUCGUGAUGAAGUGGAACCUGCGAGUAGCAGCUUUCCGCAAGAAGUACCUCUUUCAGUGGCCCAUUACCGAGUCAGUGGUUCUCGCUGCCCUUACAGCCAUCCUAUGCUAUCCGAACAUGUUCUUGAAGAUUAAUAUGACUGAGAUGAUGGAGAUCUUGUUCCACGAAUGUGAAGGCGGACACGAUUAUAAUGGAGUUUGCGAGACUAAAAAUCGCUGGUCGAUUGUACUGUCGUUAGCUAUUGCUACGAUUCUGCGUACUGGACUGGUGAUUAUUUCAUAUGGCUGCAAAAUCCCGGCUGGUAUUUUCGUCCCAUCUAUGGCUGUUGGGGCAUCGUUCGGCCGCAUGGUUGGAAUCAUGGUGCAGGCACUUCAUGAAUCCUUCCCUAACUCUGCAUUCUUUGCCUCGUGCGAUCCCGAUGUCCCUUGUAUCACACCUGGUACAUACGCUUUCUUGGGUGCCGGCGCAGCCCUAAGUGGAAUCAUGCACCUUACUAUUUCGGUGACCGUCAUCAUGUUCGAGUUAACGGGUGCCCUGACCUAUAUUUUGCCGACCAUGAUUGUGGUCGGUGUGACCAAAGCUGUUGGAGAUCGAUUUGGAAACGGUGGUAUCGCCGAUCGAAUGAUCUGGUUCAACGGGUUUCCAUUCCUGGACAACAAGGAAGACCAUGUCUUCAAUGUCCCCGUGUCGCAUGCAAUGACGACAGAUCCACUCACCCUACCCGCAUCUGACUUCCCCGUUCGCGAGGCAGAGCAUCUUCUGAGCGACAACAAGUUCCAGGGGUUCCCCAUCGUGGAAGACCGCAGCACCAAGACUUUAGUUGGCUAUAUCGGACGUACCGAACUACGCUAUGCCAUUGACCGUGCCCGCAGCCAGGGUCUGGUAUCACCCCGAGCACGCUGUGUAUUCACUCAAGAAGCUGCCGAAGCAACCGUCGCACAACGAGCAUCUGGUUCACAGCAUCUUAGAGCUCCGGACACGUUUGACGGAAUCCAGGCUAGUGUAGGCGCUGGCGUUGUUGAUUUCUCGCGGUAUGUGGACCACACACCGUUGACUGUGCACCCGCGUCUUCCGCUCGAGACCGUCAUGGAAAUCUUCAAGAAGAUGGGUCCUCGGAUCAUUCUCGUUGAGCACCGUGGCCGUCUGACGGGUCUGGUUACCGUCAAAGACUGCUUGAAGUAUCAGUUCAAGGUGGAAGCCGAAGAGCAUGCACUGGCAGCCACCGGUACGUCCGAGUUUGGUUCCGCUCCGCUAGGCGGCCACUUGAGUACUCCUGCCCCGGAGACGUUGGAGGACCGGCUGUGGCGGCUUAUCCUCACGGUUGCUGGGUUCGUUAGUGGGUCGAUCAGGGCUCAUCGGCCAGUGCGUCUGCAGAGCCGCUCUCGUCCUGGGCAGCCAUCAGAGCCCGAGGGUAUUUUGGAUGGCACUGAGGAUGAUGCGUUCGUGGAAUUGGAGGAGAGAGAAGAUCCCCCUCGGGGUCGUUAGAGAUGUAACAAUCAUGUCAUAUAGGAUGAUAGAGGUGUUUUGGUCAUGUACAGUCUUGAUGUUAAGGUUGCUUGAUUCAUGUGCCGUUCCAGCCAGCACACUGAGCUAUGUGUCUUUCCGUAUGUUUUGCGCUUAGCUUCAGGAUAUCAGACGCAUACACCUCUUGUCUAUACAGACCUCAAGGUCCAGAAUAUCGGCCCAUCCCUGAACCACCAGAGAUCUGAUAUCAAGACAAGAUAAGGUUCUAUGUAACAAUCUAUGAAUCAGAGCUCCCUGAUAUAUCCAGUCUAAUCCAAAAAAACAACGAUUAAGCCUCCUCCCGCAUCCCAACUAAGAUACAACCUGCCCCCAUCAUCGCAGCUCCAAGCCACCACAGCCCACCAACCGACUCCUUGAAUAUGACCAUGCCCAACAGGGCUGUCAUCAAGAAGUUGGCCGAGGUAUUUGUGAUAGAAACUUUCGUCGUGGAGGGACCGGCAGUCAGGGCACGGGUGAAGAGGGCCCACAUAAUGAUGUUGCAG